AUGGACCGCACCGAGCGCUUCUACAAGAUCGAGCACCUCAUCCGCUCCCGGGGCUGCGUGUCGUUCGCCACGCUGCUGGAGGCGCUGGAGGUGUCGCCUGCCACGCUCAAGCGCGACCUGGCCUACCUGCGCGAGCGGCUGGACGCACCGAUCGAGUACGACGCCGCCGACAACGGCUACCGCUUCGGCCAGCAGUGGCGCGGCGGCAAGCACGAGCUGCCGGGCGUGUGGUUCAACGAGGCGGAGCUGCAUGCGCUGCUUGACGAUGCAGCAGAUGCUGGCCGGCCUGGACGAGCAGGGCGUGGUGGGACCGCCAUCUGCAGCCGAUGUUCGACAAGAUCACCGGCAUGCUGGGUGUGGAGCAGGGCGAGGCGCAGGAGCUGCGCCGGCGCGUCAAGCUCAUCGGCACCGGCGCGGCGGCGCAUUGCCAGCGACAGCUUCGAGACCGUGGGCAGCGCCGUCGUGAAGCGCAAGCGGCUGACCAUCCGCUACCGCAAGAAGCGCGACGGUGCCAGCAGCGAGCGCGAGGUGUCGCCUCAGCGCCUGGUGCACCAUCGCCACGCCUGGUACCUCGACGCCUGGUGCCACGCCAGCAACGGCUACCGUCGCUUCGCGCUGGACGGCAUCGAAUCUGCCGCGCUGCUGGAGACCGACGCCAAGGCCGUGCCCCUGGCCGAGCUGGAAGCCGAGCUGGACCAGCGGCUACGGCAUCUUCGCCGGUGGCACGCCGCGCGAGGCGGAACUGCUGUUCAGCCCCGAGGCGGCCGCCUGGGUGUCGCGCGAGGAGUGGCAUCCGGCGCAGAAGAGCGAGUUUCUGCCCGACGGCCGCUGGCGACUGCAGCUGCCGUAUGUGGACGACACCGAGCUGCUUGA